GCGCGUUCCGUUCCCUCCUCCCUGCCCCGCGCGCGGGUAGGCUUAUAAAUAAUUAACGGUUAAUCAGGGCCGGGCUUAAUUACCCAGGGGUAACCGGAGAGGAAGUCGGGGCGGAGAGCGCAGCCUUGCUUCGGCAUCCCGUCGCAGGGUUCGGUGCCGGCUAUGGCGCCAUGGAGGGCGGCCGGGCAUCACCGCCUUGGAGGGGACCCUGGAUCCUCUGCUUGCUGCCGGCGCUGGCGGGGGGUCAGCCGCUGGCGGCCGGCGAGGCGGCUUACGAGGAGCGGACGGUGACGGGGGUACGGGGCCGGGCGGUGGAGCUGAACUGCGGGCCGGCGACGUCGGCACCGCCGGCGGUGGUCUUCUGGAGUUUCGCGGCGACGGCUGGGGGUUCGGGGCCGCCGCGGGCCGUGGCGGUGGGCUCGGGUCGGGAAGUGGCGGUGGCCCCCGGCGCGGGGAAGCUGGGCCGGGUGAUCUUGCGCAACGGGACGCUGGAGCUGCGGGAGCUGCGGGCGGCCGCCCAGGGCCGCUUCCUCUGCCAGGGGCUCUUCCCGGAGCGAGGGCGGCUCCGCGUCGGCUACGCCGCCGUCCUCCUGCGCGUCCUGGUGCCCGUCUCCAAGCCCUUCGUGCGGCCGACGGCGGCGGCGGCGGCGGAGGGGGCGGCGGUGGCCCUGACGUGCGCCGUGCGGGAGGGGACGGAGCCGCUGAGCUUCUCCUGGCAGCACCGGCAACCCCGGGGGGGUCCCCCGGCAUCCCCCGCGGGGCUGGGGGGCUCCGGAGCAGAGCUGCGCCUGACGCCCGCCAACCGCAGCCACGCCGGCUGGUACGCCUGCACCGUGCGCAACGAGGUCAACAACCGCACCAGCGAGCCCGUCUACCUGGACGUCGUCUACGGCCCCGACGAGCCCAUCAGCGUGGAGCCCUUCACCCCCCAACAGGGGGGCUUCUCGGCGGGCGAGCGGGAGGACGUGGUGCUGAGCUGCCUGGCUCCCUCCAACCCCCCCAGCCGCUACGUCUGGCUCCACAACGGUUCCCAGGUCCACACCGGCCAGACCUACGUCAUCGCCGCCAUCGCCCGCGCCCAGGCGGGCACCUAUACUUGCCUGGCCGAAAACACCCACCUCCAAACCCGCACCCAGGCCACCAUCGUCCUCACCGUCUACUAUCCACCAGCCGGGAGCCCCAGCUGCUCUGCCUUGGCCACCGGUGACCUGCGGGACGUGGCCCUGCGGUGCCGCUGGCUGGGGGGCUUCCCCCCGGCACGGCUGCGCUGGGUGGGCCCCAAGGAGGAGGAGGAGGAAGAGGGGGUGAUGGGGACGAGUUUUUCCAUGGCCACCAGCAUCCAGCCAGGGGCAGCCACCAGGAACGGCAGCUCCUUCUCCUGCCUGGCCUCCCACCCAGCGCUGCCGCAGGGGGCUGCGUGCGGGACCACCCUGUGGGUCCCGGCCGGCGGCCCCUCCUGUGCGGCGGCGGCCACCAAGGGUGACGAGUACGUGAUGCUGCGGUGCCGGUGGGAGGGGGGGACGCCGCCGGUCACCCUGCGCUGGCGGGACGGCAGGGGCCAGGCGUUGGGUGACCCCGCGCCCUCCGCCACCGUCCUGGUGCUGAGCGCCGACGGCAGCUUGCGGGGCCGGGAUUUCGUCUGCACGGCCGCCCACCCGCUACGGGCCGCCGGCGCCGAGUGCCGCCUCCGGCUGGAGGUCCCCGAGCUGGAGGCGGAGAGGAGCGAGGUGGCGGUGCUGGAGGGCGGCGAGGCGCGGUUGGCGUGCCGGCGACGUGGCGGCGGCAGCGCCAAUCUCGGUGCCACCGUGGCUUGGUACGACCCCAAGGAGCGGGAGGUGACGCCGGGGUCAGCCAAAUACCGGUUGGAGCGGGGAGAAGCGUGGGUCAGCCUCACCAUCCGGGAUGCCGAGUGGCCAGCGGACGGCGGGAUCUACCGCUGCGCCGCAGCCAACGCCGUGGGCACCGCCAGCCUCCCUGUCCGCCUCUGCGUGGACCGCUACCCGGCCCCCCCCAACGUCACCAUCAGCAAGCUGCGGUACACGCGGGCGCGCACCGAGGUGCGGCUGGAGUGGCGGACGCAGGGCGCCGGCAACCUCACCGGCUUCGUGGUACAGCGGCGCCAAGCCAAGAAACCCCCUCGGCGGGUGCCCGGCCCCUGGGAAACAGCCGCCGGCGACAUCGAGCCCCACUCCCGCGACCGGCGCCUGGGGGGGCUCGACCCAGCCGUGGUCUACGCUUUCCGCGUCCUGGCCGUCAACCACCGGACGGCCGGGCACCCCUCCGAGGUGCAGACGCCAGCUGAGCCUCCCUUCGAGGCCUACCCAGCGGUGAUGGGGGCGGCGGUGGCAGGGAUGCUGGUGGCCACCGCGGCGUCGUUCCUGGCCCUGCGCUGCGUUGCCUGCCACCGGGACGCCCUCCCACGGCUGCACGACCUGCUCUUCCACACGGCCAGUCCCGGCACCCAGGAGCCUACGGGCACACCGGAAGAUGCCGAAACAGCCGCAAGCAGGGAGGAUGGAGCAGCACCAGCACCGGGAGAUGGGGCUGGCCCGGCACAGCAGCAGGUAACAGCACCUAUGCGGCGAGCCGAGGGCUGA